CUUCUUUGAAAUACAAGCCAUACAAAUUCGGGGGCGCACUUCAACGCUCACUAUGUGAUGGCCAAAAGGUUAUUGCUUGAAGUAAUAUACUGGAAAAAUGCUCAGCCACCUGUCCAAUUCUCUCGGGUAGACUGACUACACGCUGUCAAGUCAAUCCGGCAACUAACAGGAGUGAUUGCAGACUACAAGUAUCAUUAUUUUUACCCAAUACCAAGACAUUAUGCUAACGUCACCCGUAGACGACUCGAACAUUUUGUUACACUUGUUAAAUUAUAGUACAUUCUGCUUGUGUUUAGUGUCUAAAAUCCCGUCGAUUGUUCUCGUAGCAAGAGCGAAGUCUUCCAAGGGAUUCAGCCUGAAGGGCUUGCUGUUGGAGUUGACUGGAUAUGUCGUGUUUGUCACCUACCAGAUUCACCAUGCUGCACCAUCUUCCACGUUCCUGGAGUACCCGAUACUCAUUGCCCAAGACACCGUCCUGCUUCUGCUCAUCCUCUAUUACAAUGGGAAAGCCAAGCACAGCUUGAUCUACAUUGCACUAUUUGUAGGGGGAUGGAAACUUGUCACACUACAAGAUUGGAUCAUUGAUCUGGCUAUGAGCCUCUGUACCUUAAUCAGUGCCAGCAGUAAGUUUGCCUCUGCCCAGUGCCUGUACCAGUCCAAGGACUCCUCCGGGGUCAGUGCCCUCGCCUGGAGCAUAUCUUGCUACACCUGCUUGGCGAGGAUGUUCACUACAAUUAUGACAACAGCAGACAUACAAGUUCUCACCCGGUUCGCGGUCUUGUCAUCGCUCAAUGGAUUUGUGCUGGCCAUGAUAUUCCACUACAGAAGAGAUGUCAAAAAGGUGGAAUGAGCUUUGGAGAUGAGUCUGUCAGUCACCUGAGUCAUAUUCUUCAGGCAGCAAACAGAAGAACACAGAAUGACACAUGGAGGGACUAACUGGACUUAAAACUGGACUGUCCUAUAAAGAAAACUAGCAUUUUCACUUGCAAAAUGUCUGACUUGUGAAACCACAAACAAGGUCUUAUCCACUGGUCUUUUGGUCCCAUAACAUGGUAUUGAAGCAACCCUUAGGAAAAAAAGUCUUAAAUUCUCCAAAAUGAUGAGCAAUACAAGUAAAACACACAAUAAAAACACACAAUAAAGAAUAUUUACUCUUAUCGA